AUGAAAUCCUUCGAGACCGGUCUUCGAAACGAUAUUCUCGCAGCGAAUUUGCGACCCAUUCUUCGAUCAUCCCCGUUGACAGAUGAAGACUUAAUGAGACACGUCAACGAGUUGGCAUCCCACCAAGCGGAAAGACAAAACAAGCUUGCAUUCGAAAGGAGGCUUGCCAAAAUUAACUCAUGCGAAGUUGAUGACUCGAAGAAAUCUAUUGACAGCAACCAACAUAUUCUGGCAGAAAUUCGGGAAAUGAGGACGGAAAUGGAAAAUAUGAAACGACAACAAGCCACUCGAAGCGAUUAUGUACCGAACGACAAUCGAAACGAGUCGUACAACGAUCGGGGACCACCGAAAAUCACGCGGUUCCGUGGACGAGGAUGUCAAGCUUGCAAAACACGUAAACUUGGAGCCACCUGCAGACACUGUUUUGCAUGUGGAGAGUUGGGACACAUCGCUUCAGAGUGUGAGAAGAAUAUAUCUCGACAGAAUCAGGGAAACGGAAGACGGCUACCCCAAACGUGGGACAGGGAUUAGCCGAAAAAAAGAAAGUGUCCCAUCAGUGCAACGGCUGCAAUCAAGUUUUGGAACAGACGUUUUGGCGUUGUAAAUGUUGUAAGCUUGUAAACUACUGUGGUACGAAGUGCCAACGAAAUCAUUGGCCACAGCAUAGAACAUUGUGCAACGCAAUUAAUCAGCAAAUCCAAAAUAGGAAACAGACGACAAAAGACGCGAAUUCGGGUAUUUUCGUCAGCCAUUUGACACCAAAACAACACCAAAAGGUAGUUAGCCUGGUAGGCAGGAGAUGUUCAAUCAAAGCGAAGCUUAACGGGAAAAGAGCAGAGAUUCUGUGGGACACCGGUGCCCAAGUCUCUAUCGUGUCGGCCAGCUUCAUAAAGAGGAACUUUCCUAACGUUUUGGUUAGAGAUAUUAGUGAAUUACUGGAUGGCGACCUUACCGUGACUGCAGCCAAUGGUAGUAGCAUACCGUACAAAGGAUGGGUUGAACUGGAUCUCCAAAUUGGCGAUUCUGAGCAAGGACUUUCUGUUCCGUUUCUAGUAGCAAGUGAAGAAAUGGAACUUCCAUUGAUUGGUUUCAAUGCAAUAGAACACUUGAUCAAAGUUAAUAAUCUGCGAGGUAACGAGAUGGCAACUGCUUUAGUUGGCGUAAAUGCUUGUGAUGCGAUGGCUCUUGUUGAUUUCGUGAACGGAGUAAACAACGAUGAAUUAUGCCUUGUAAAAACCAGCAAAAAAGAUGUGGUCAUACCUCAGGGAAAAUCUCUUAAAGUGAGCUGCAGAGUGAAUACUGGUCCCCUAGGUAAACCCACACCAGUUUUGUUCGAAGCUGAUGAGAACGGUCAGUGGCCGUCUGGUCUCCACGUUUCGGACACAUUAUUGACAGCAAUGGCAGGGAAAUCUAGUCGAGUGGAAGUACAAGUGAAGAAUACGACCAAGCAUGGCAUAGUAUUACGGAACAGAACGGUGCUAGGGCGCCUACAACUUAUUGAAUCAGUCACUCCAGUCGAGGUGAAACUAAAGACAGAUAACGAUGAAAAGUCGCCUUCAAAAUUAAAUGAAGAAGCCAAAAUCCCUAACAACAAUGAUGACCACCAAACAGCGAACUAG